CGAAGGUUGGCUGCAGCGUGUGUUUAUUGAUGAGAUGAAAGAAGAUGGAAGUGAGAAAUGAAACAAAGUAAGGGAAAAUAUUGAAAAACGCAAAAUCUUGCCGGUGGAAAAAGUGGAGCGACUGUGAAUCGCAGUUGCCACAAGGGCACGAGAAGGAUAACAGAACAGAAGAUCAAGAGACAUCACACUGGAAAAUGCGGACUGUGAGAAUCCAUCUACAGACGUGACUGUAAACUGGAAUGAGCCAGAAGCAAGGAAAUGCAGUGUGGAGAAAAGCUUCCAUGCUCUUGGAAUGAGGAAACUAGCUGAAAGUCAUUUGGUAUCUGCAAAGAAGGAGAUCUUUCACCAUGGCCAAUUUUUUCAAAUGAAGCUGGUCCAUUACCACCAUCAACUUGUAGCCUGCUCAGCGCCAUAUCACCAGCCUUACAAACCCAUACGUUACCUGACCGUUACAUCAGUUGCAAGGGGAUGACCGAGCGCAUUCACAACAUCAACCUCCACAACUUCAGCAAUUCUGUACUCGAGACACUCAAUGAGCAGCGCAACCGCGGGCACUUCUGUGACGUGACUGUUCGGAUCCAUGGGAGCAUGCUUCGGGCUCACCGCUGCGUGUUGGCUGCUGGGAGCCCCUUCUUCCAGGACAAGCUGCUCCUGGGCUACAGUGACAUUGAGAUCCCCUCCGUGGUCUCUGUGCAGUCCAUUCAGAAGCUGAUCGACUUCAUGUACAGCGGAGUGCUGCGCGUGUCCCAGUCCGAAGCUCUGCAGAUCCUUACAGCUGCCAGCAUCCUGCAGAUCAAGACCGUGAUUGACGAAUGCACUCGGAUCGUCUCGCAGAACGUGGGACUGGGUGGGGCCGGUGGCUUGCCUUUUAUCCCUGGGGACUCUGGGCAGGACACACCGCGAGGCACCCCGGAGUCGGCGACCUCUGGUCCCAGCAGCGAUGCGGAGUCCGGUUAUAUGCAGCCGUCGUCUCAGCAGAGCUUGGAGCGUGUAUACACGUCACUUUAUUCCUGCUCCAACCUCUCGCUGCAGAACGGCACCAGGGAACGCUCCUACUACGGAGGUGCAAUCGUGGGCAGCUUCGACUCAGCCCUCUCUAUCCAAAAAGACCAGCAGGGACAAGACCCCGCCUGGAUCACUCGCAUUCACGAGCGGACGCAGGAGUUGGAGCAUUUUCUCGGCGCCCCAGAGUCGACUCACUGCCGCAAGCAGCCCCGGCCGGUGCGCAUCCAGACAGGCGGGAUGCAGAUAAAGCAGGAAGCGGACGACUACGACUACGGCUGCUACGGCCAGGAACGCAGCGAGUUUGAAGAGUGCGCAGAGGAUACGGAUCAGGCUGAGGGUACAGAGAGUGAGCCCAAGGGAGAGAGCUUUGACUCAGGGGUGAGCUCAUCCAUCGGUACUGAGCCUGACUCUGUAGAGCAACAGUACCUGGUGGGAUUUGGUCGGGAAGGGAGUGGCGAGGUGAUGCAGGGGGAGGAACCCCCAUUGCAGAUAGAAGUUACUGACUCCUCCCCUGAACAGAUGAACGACACGGAGGACCGAGGCCAAUCCCUGAGCACAGGUGAUCUCAGCAUGUCACAACCCCCAGCAAACCACGUUAUAUCGCCUUCAAUAUCCAGUGCCCAUCUCUAUCUGCGUCAAUCAGACGCACUCACCAGCAACCUGAGGAUGCCCCUCACUCUGACCAGCAACACACAAGUCAUGGGCACUGCAGGAAACGCCUACCUGCCCACCCUAUUUGCCACACAAUCGGCUAGCAGCAACAAGCCCUUCCUGUUCAGCCUACCGCAGUCUAUGGGGACCCAGCAACCACAGUUUUUGGCUGUUCCACCUCCCAGCAUGCCUUCCUUCUCCAACCAGCUGUCAGCCCAGCAGCCUUCAGCUCAGCAGCCGAAUCCUGGCGGCAUGGCACAGGGUGAGAAGAAGCCCUACGAAUGCACACUGUGCAGCAAAACCUUUACUGCCAAACAGAACUACGUCAAACACAUGUUCGUGCACACCGGUGAGAAACCACACCAGUGCAGCAUCUGCUGGCGUUCUUUUUCCCUGAAGGAUUACCUUAUAAAGCACAUGGUGACGCACACAGGGGUACGCGCAUAUCAGUGCAGCAUCUGCAACAAGCGCUUCACCCAGAAGAGCUCCCUAAACGUCCACAUGCGCCUGCACCGCGGGGAGAAGUCUUACGAGUGCUACGUCUGCAAGAAGAAGUUUUCCCACAAAACCCUGCUGGAGAGACACAUGACCCUGCACAGUACAGCUGGCACUGGGGUUACAGUUGUCAGUGGUGGGGGGUCCGGAGGCCCAGUGCCCAUCCCAGUGCCCAUGGCUGUUCCUGAACCGGGAGUAGGAACAGUAGCCCUGGCGAUGCCUGCGAGUGGUGGAGCCGGAGUAGGGGGCGGAGCUGGAGCAGGGGGCGUGGCUGGAGCAGGGGGCGUGGCUGGAGCAGGGGGCGGAGCCGCAGUUGGUAUCGGAGUGGGCGCUGCUGCUGAAGCAGGCUGCCAGGAGGGGACCACCUACGUGUGUUCUGUCUGCCCAGCCAAGUUCGACCAAAUUCAGCACUUCAACGACCACAUGCGCAUGCAUGUCUCGGAUGGAUAAGUACAACAAAAAGGAAAGGAAAAUGGCACUAGAUUUUUUUUUCUUUUGGGGGGGCAUGAAGAGUAAUGAGUAUAGACACUGGCACAUUAAGAUUCCCAUACAGGAUGGUAUUCUCUUUUGGUAUUCUUAAAGAAAAAUAUGAUGGUGGCCUUAAGGCUAUGUAGUUAGAAAACGGUCCACUGGCUGGAUCUUCACUACAGGCCUCUAAAUGUAUGCUUUCCUCAAAUACUGAUUUAUAUGUUGAACACUACCAAAAGGCCUACUGUCUCUAGAAAAGAAAAAAAAACACACACACAAGCAUACGCACACAACAUAUAUACAUUUAUAAAAUGUAGAUUUUCCCAUAUGUACCGUUUUGGACAACAUAAGAGUCCAAGAUUACUGUGGUUGUAAUGGCCUCUUUCAAAAAAAGGAUAAAGUACCUGGGUUGAGCUUUUGCUUCAUUCUAAAAGAGUAAUGAUGGUCACAAGUUUGCCUUUUUAUAUUGGAUAAGAAAAUGAUAAUUAUUCAUUUGAAACAUUAGGUAAUUGUUUAUUAUGGUGAUUACAAUGCAGCUGUUGUUAUUUGUCAAAUUUUAAAAUAGCGUUAAAUACUCCCUACAAGUGGGUAAAGCUUAUGAAAUAGGGAUUUGUUUUUCCAACAGUAUUUGAGCAACAAAGUAAGAUAGUACAGAGUUUUUUUAUUUGCAUACACUGCCACUAUUAUCUUAGGAGACUGUUAAGGCAAUUUGACCUCUUCCACUUACGUAGAAAAUGUGAGCUUAAACAGUGUAGAGGAUUCCUUUUUAACCAACUAAUCCUUUUGGUUUUUACAUUCAAAAAUUUCCAAUUUUGGCAGCAUCAGAAUUGUAUAUGCUGCUUAGCCUGCCCUAUAAUUUGAUUGCUGCUCCUUUUUACAUUGCUUCAGACUGUUAUCAGCUGCUGUUUCCAACCACCUUUUUAAAUAAUCUUUUUUUUAAAUAUAAUUAUAGAAAAGGCUUACCAAUAAUGGUAUCACAGUUGUGGAUUUAAUUUGAACGUAAUUACAGUGUUCAUUUACAUUUGUCACAACCUUAUGGCCUUGUCCCAAUGUAUUUCCUGUCAGCAGCACCGUGACUCAGCCGUUUCAGCUGCAGAAUGCACUACUUUGAUAUAUUAGCCCCAUCUUGUGGAUUAAAUAGAACUUUUUUCUAAUGGGAGUUACAGGCAUUAUGAGAUUCAUGAGGCAAACUAAACCACAAAAUAAGUUUACCAGGUCACUUUUACCACAAUUGUCAAUAUACCACAACUUAAAGAUGGAUAUUGUACAUUCCUGAUUCCACAACUUAAAAUAGAUAUCCGGUGUGCAUGAUACAUUUCAGAAUAGGCAAAAUAUAAUAUUUCUGUGUCUCUCAUAUUAUUGGCUUGUUGCACAUUAUUGGGACUAUGAAACAACUGUUCUGAUAAACAACUGCAAUCUGAAGAUUUAGCUUUUUUUUUUUGAGUAGAGGAUAUCGGUUGUAGCAAAUAGCAAAACCCAACAGACCGCAUUCAGUGUGGCGUUCCCUCAUUGGAUAUAGUCGAAAAUAGUGAUGGCACAGUGAGGUUUCAUGCGACCAAUUUGCUGUCAUUGACUCACUGGUUUGGACCAAUCAUCGUGUGCUGCAGAGAGCAAAACCUUGUGAUUUGUUCAGAGAAAUCAGUGAUUGGCAGCUCAUUUUAGCUUUGCCCAUUAGGGGUUAAUGAAACCUGACUCUCCCAUUACAUCUGUAAUAUAUUAGUGGUAGACUAAGGCCUAGGUUCAGUCUCACCAUUGUGUGUGUACAUACAUAUGUAUGUAUACUUCUAUGUACAUGUGUUAAUGGACAAUACAGGAAAGUACAACUUUCUUAAUUUGCAAACAUAUGUGAACCACAGUCACUAUAUAUGCGUGCAUGUGUGUUUGUGUGUGUGUUUGUGUAUGUCUGUGUAUAUUGUGGUGUGUGCAAAUGAAGAAUCAACUUGUAUUUCCUUGUAUUGUACGCAACAUGAAUACAGAAGUCACUGAAAUCAACAAUAUGUUGCAUUAGCAAUGUAAAGGUAGCUAAAACUUCAUUUGAUUAUUCAAAGAUUAGGAAAAACUAUAUUGCAUAUUGCUAUUAGACUGAAUGAAGGCCAAGGUUGAACACUAAAACAGUGCUACUUUGCACAUAAUACUUAAGACAAUUUAUUCUAUGGUUAUCUUUUUAAAGGAAAUUUUCCUUAAAGCUUGAGAAGAGGACUGCAUUGUUUUCUUGCAUAUAUGUUGCACUGCUUAAACCAAUAAGUGCACUACUGUUACCAGAGUUAUUAUAGUUUUAGAGAAUGUUUUUUUAUCUAUUAAGGUUUAGAGUUCACUUUGUGUUAGACUAGUUUUGUUUUUUAUAAUGUAAUUCAAUGUUUCUUAGCUUUUAUUAUACCUUGCUAUAUUUGUAUUGACUUGUGCAGUGUUUGUGCAAGCAUUUGAUUUAUUUAAAUCUGAACCAUUGUGUGAGGUUCUUUCCACUGUUAUUCUUUUUAGGAGUUUUGUCCUUCAAACAGCAGUUAUUUCAGUGCACAAAGUAGGACAAAUGUUGUUUUUCAUAUAGAAGCAUUCAUACCAAACAAAUUAAAAGAAGAGCAAAAAAAAUCCUUGUAGUGUACAUGGGUAUAGCUGCUGAUUUAAAGCUUUAUGUUAGGCUUUUCUUCUGGUACAUGUCUUUUCUUUAUUUUUUGCAUACUUAGAUAUGUGAAAACAUCCUUGUUUCACAAGAUCCAUUUGUACUUGUCCCAAGUCUUGUUGUGACACCUGAACUAUUGGGCUUCCUUUGCAAUACACAAUGCAGGUACUGAAUGAGAACAGCCGCUUCUACAGUAUACUACACAGUCUUCAUCGCAUUCUUCUUUAGAGAUCAUUUUUAACAACCACGUUAUUCCAAUUCAUCUAAAAACCUAUAAGUGAGUGUUUCUUUUCAAAUAUUACGAAAACUGCACAAAUUUGGAAAAUGCAGUUUGUAUCAUUUCAUUUUUAGUUACAACUGAAUUCUAAAUUCAUAUGGCGACUUUAAAGGUUAACUUUGUUUAUUUGUUUCAUCGUUUCAAAUGGAAAAGGGGGAAAUGUCCACAACUUUGUCCAAAACAAAAAUAUUUGAAGCUCUGUGGUCUAGCCAGGUUAGAGGACAUUGACUCUAGCCAGGUUAGAGGUGACACAAAACUGUAAACCCCAAUCCCUACUCCCAACACCCCCACCUCCCCAUGAUGUAUGGGUUUUCCAGCUUGACUAAACUCUCUAGUAAUUGAGCAGGCACAAAAACAAUUGUUCACAAAAACAAUCUUCAAUAAGACUGCUGGGGGCUAGUUUCUAUAUCCAAAUAUCCAAAUAUUUUGUAUUUGAAUCUCCAGCUCUGUAUCUCUACUGUAUUUUGAGGGUUGAGUGCUGUGAGGGUUUUGCAAUACAUUACUAAUGCCAAACUAACCGUUGGUAAAAGUAUACUGGUAGAGUCAAAUCAUUCUCCAUGCUGAUCACCUCCGACAUUCCAGCAAAACCAGUCGUUUCAUCAGAUUCAUUCAAAUCAGCGACCCCAGCAGGCUUACGACUUAUGCCAUUUAAUUGAUUAAUAAAUACUCGACAGUAAACUUAUGUUACUGUAAGUUCAAUUGCAAUAUCCAUUUUUAUGUUUUUUUUUCUUGUUUGGGGGGGUAUUUUGAUUUAAGAUACCUAAAAAUAUGUUAGUGUAAAGCCAUUCUACAAUUGCUAGUAGUGUGAGGAAAAGAGGGCUGUAUUAGACUGAUAUCCUGUUUCUACAGUUUGUGUGAAAGAACAUCUUGGCAGGUCAUGUUGUAGAGGCAGAGACCCUUGGGGUGUUGAUGCAGUGCUGGAUACUGUCUAGAUAAGUAAAUGUUGAGUGGAGAUGGGCUGAUUGGCUUAUUCUCAUCAUCAUGUAUUAUGUUCUUAUGUUCAUAUACACACUAUAAUUAGUUCACAUUGAAAUGUGUAACACAAAACUUCUCUCAUAUAUUCCACAGCUUAUUAUGUUCGUCUUUCGCUAGUGCUUGCAUAAAGGCCCUGUGUCUUAUUCAAACUGUAAUACGGAAUGAAUUGAUGUGGAGUGUGUUCCUUGAGCCAGGCCUGGCAAAUUAUAGCUACACCUUAGCAACAGGCAUAUGGAAAAGCAGUUCAUUUUUACUGGUGAUAAAUUAUGGUUUGAGACAUGUUAUUUGGAAAUAUGGUUUGUCAUACAGUAUGGAUCCAGCCCCUGGUCUUUAAAGUAUGUUUUGUGCGAGAUGAGAUCUUUGUUUUUAAAUGUCAUUAAGGUGUCUGUAGCUCAGUGCUGAGCCAAAAAGCCUAUAAAUGAGACUAAACAGAAAUGUGUUGUGCAAUGCUGGUUUAUUUACCCUGCACUGUUCAGAAUUUAAAUGUGUGCAACUCCCAUUUAUGUGUAGAUGAAAUGUCCAAUAGAGCGUUACAAGGAAUGAAAUAAAAACAUAUCCCAUAAUAAUCAGACCAAAUAACAAUAACAACUUGGUGAGCUGGAAGAAGAAAGUCUUAACAAUUAAGAGAUUGACCAACUGUUGGCAAAAUAAUGCAAACAAUGAGAAAUGAUAUUGUUGUUAUUUAGGGCAGAAGCAUAAAUGUUUAGUUUGCUCUGAAAAAGAACAUCCGCCAGUGCCUGAAUAUAAAAAGCGUUCAUCCUGGUUAAGGGUCAGACGUUUUGGAUGAUAAAAAAUAAAAUUAAGAAAGUCAUAAUUUUCAUUCAAAAUCUUCCUUACACCAGCUGUAUUCAACACUUGUCCAAAUGUGCUUAAGUGUAUUCUAUAAGUGUAUAAUUAGAGUUUACACUGAACAUCCCACUGUGUAUAAACAGCACAUAAUCCCUCCUUUUUCACAAUAAUCUUGAAUCAAUCGUUAAUCAAUAAUUACUUACUAAACACAUUGUGGGUCAAUUUUACAGACAGAUUAUCCUUAUUCCUGGACUAGGCUUAAUCUGUAUCUGUGACAGUGAUUUCUAGUGUUAGUAUCAAUUGUAGUGCAUUUAUAACUGGUGUCUUUGUAAAAAUAUUUGUAGUGUUGUACACAUAAAAUUGUCAACAAACCUAUGUGUAUGGAGCCUUGCAGAAUGGCAUUAUACAUGAUUUUUAUUUAUCUUUGUUGCUUAGUUGAAUCACUGAUAUAGCCAUGAACUUGCCAGGGGCUUAUAAAUAAAAUGUUAUUACUAAGCACCCCCCCCCCCCCCCCCCCCAAUCCAAUUCCUCAAGUCACAGCUGAACAUUUUCCCCUCCAGACUUUUCAUUUAAAUGAUUUAUUUUUAUUUUUACCCCAUCGCAUUUUGCAGGCAUGUCAGCAGCCAUGCAAACUAAAAUUAUUUAUUAAAUUUGUCAAAUUAGUUAUUUACCAUUAGUAUCAUCGGUUAAACCAAAACUGGUUUUGAAUUUAACUUGUAUGUGCAAACACAACUGCCUUAGCAACUGUAAGGCAUGUAUAGUUUCACCAGUUCAGUAUUGCUUUCUCUGGCAAUAGCUGAAUCACUUUCAUUUUAGCAUUGAGACAAUUCACAUGAAUGCCAAAAUAUUGUACUGUACAUAAUUCUGUUCAUACUCAGAUCUGUUUCCUUGUAUGCAUUACUAUACUUUUCUACUAUCUUGCAGUUUCCAUAAUGUAUUUUAGAAGAGAUACCAUUGUGCUAGUAUUUGGGAAUAUUUCUUUUAGCAAUUUUUAUAGUAAGUUUAGUUAAUUAUUAGACUGUGUAUUUCUUUCUACGUAUUUACAGUGAAUUGUCAUAGUAUUCAGCUUGUGAAACUCAAUACUUUCACCAAAACAUUACCUUCUCAUGCAUGUUUAUAUUAACAGAUGAUAUUACAGAAAAUAUAGGUACAUUACAUUAUGCUUAAUUAGUGCAGUAUAUCGAAAACAUUAUUAUUAUUAUUUAAUUGUCUUUAUUUUCACCAUUUUCACUCACAUUGCAUUGUUAUCAUUCUCUGUCAUUUUCACCAUGUUAUUAGUGGGAAAGGAAGAACAGCCAUUACGAAGGUCACUGUUGUGCUAUAGUAGUACAUUCUGCUUUAAAAGUAAUUAUUGUCAAGUUACUGAAUAGACUUGAAUUUUUGGCAAAAACUGGAAAUUAAAUAUAAAACAUGCAGUGUGCAAUGUUAAAAAUGUGGUCAAACGAAUGAAGUCAGUGCCCUUCAAAUGCUUCAGUUUUAGUAAAAGAAAUUGAGUAUGUAUAAACAGAAUAGUGCACUAGAAAACAAUGGCAUCUCCCUGGAGACAAAUGGACACAGCACCAGCAAGAACGGAUCUUCAGAUUUUCUUGCAGAGAAUACACACACAUAGACAAACACAGCAUACAGUUUGGAAAAAUUGGCAACUACUUUUGCCCCGAGGCAAUUCUUAUUGAUUAAAAUUUCACCCAUCAUUUCAAUUAACCCAGUAGGUGCUUGAUGCUUUGUCAUGUUUGGGGCCAUAUUUUUCUGCUAAUUUUCUUUAUAAUUUUCUGUGUUUUCUUUUAACAUUUUCAUUGCAUUUUCUUUAAAUCAUGCUGGUAUAUAUUAUGCUUUUCAAACAGUCUAGUGAUCAUUUUCAUUUUUACAACUACACAUGGAGCAGUAUCAUAUUUUUCAUUAUUGCUACUCAACAUUAUGCUUGCUUUAGUAAUACAUGCAGUGUACAUUCUCAAUUAAUCCAGUAAAUGUCCUUUAUGUAUACAGGUAUUUUGCAAACCAUUUUUACAGGCAAUGGUACUAGAGCUUUUUAUCCAUCACUAACAAAAAUGAGACAGUAAUUUGAAUUUGAGAGUAAUUCAACAUAUUCCUUUACACACGGAUUCAAGUAGUGUGCCUUGAAGUGUUUACUGUACUGUACUUUAUACUGUACAAAUAGUUUUGACGAUUUGUACAGUAUAAAAGGCCAUAUUCAUAGCAAUUUAGUUUUACUGUUAAUGUAUAAUUUUCAUGGCCAAUCCAACUAGAUAAAGGAUUUAGCUAUUUUUAUUUCAUUUAAAACUCCAGCACCGCAGCAGAAAAUCGCUAAAGUCUGCAAGAUUUUUAGUUGUCACAGGAUCCUUAUGAAAAAAAUGUUUAACAACCACAUGCUUAAAAACUACAUGUGAACACCCAACAUGUGAAGAGUGCACAUGUGAACCAUAAAAAUAAUCCCACUUAUAAGAAAAAGGGUAACCUAUUGUAUUUCAAGUCACAUGUUUUUCUUUCACAUGGGAAAAUCAUAGUUCACAUUUUUUUAAAGUCACUCAUUCAAUGUGACCCAUUUUCUUUUCACAUAUUUUAACAAAUAUUUUAAUUCACAUGGGAAAUUGUGAUUCACAUGCAAAAUUUCCCUUAGGCUCCAUAUGGGGGAUAAGAACGGUUUUGUAGUCGCACACUGUAAGGGCAGAAUUCAGAGAUGAUAGCGGGCCAGUUCAGUCAAGCAUUUAUAUUCAACUACUCUCGGUGUUAACCCUAUUCCACUGCUGUGCCUGGGAUGUUACACAGCUAUUGGAUAAUGUAAACAUUAUAUGUUACCUGUUACUGGACUAACCAGCUAGCUACCCAGCUAGCCAACUAUUUCUAGCCUUUAAAAAAAUCCCAUUGCCUAUAGUGUUAAAGGCAGCUAGCAAUGAAUUAUUACUAUCAAGAGGGAGAAGCAGGACAUUUCUGGUCUCAAAAAUGGUUUAGCCCCUCUGCUGUUUGAUAUGCUGAUCUAUAUUCAUAUUUUCAGUUUCACCUUUGGAAGCCACACACCAUAUAAAUGACCAAAUAAUAGACCAGUAAUUAUGCAAAAUGUUGAAAUUUGGAGAAAUAAAACAAUAGGACAACUGUGCUUCACAGCGGAGAUGUUUUUGAAUGUUCUGCUGGAAAAGGGUCAUAUUGUUACACAUUAACAUACAGUACUCAUUACAUACAAAAUGAUCACAUUAACAAAACAAAAGAAAGAAAACAAAAAACAUGAAACACUAAGGAAAAAUGAUUACAUAAAUUGUAGUAAUAAUUUUCUCAAUUUGUACUAUAUUAUAAACGCACACACACGAUACACACACCAUGUAUGUAGAAAGGGCAGCACUCUGUCACUUAGCCUGUAGUACAUUUUAUAUGUAUUUAUUAUUUCGGUAAAUAAAUACAUAAGUAAAUGUAUAAGUCAAUAAAUAUUUGAUUUUUCACAAGUUAUAUGAUACUAGAUACCAGAAACAGCAGUUGUAUUAUACUCUGAUGCAUGUUCUUGGUCGUGAAUUCACUGCAGUUCCUGCAUAAUUAUCUACAACUGUUGUACUCUCAUUAGGUUUCCUUAUAUUCCUUAUAGUUUCAAUAUUUCCUUUUCAAUAGACAUUUAGUGACAGUACACCUUCAACCAUGCCCAAAUAUUUAACAUGGACCCAUGGUUACCAUGGUAAAAUGUCAUGGGCAGUUGCAUUUGCUUCACAAUAUGAUAAACCAUACUUAAAGAUGAGUCCUGUCUGUGAACAUUGAUUCAUAACAUAGCCCCCAAAAGCAUUUUCCUGUGUGCAUAGUAUUGUUAAAGUGGCAGUGGUACUUGUACAGUAUGCUAUUUAAGAACUAAACUGUAAUAGUAACUGGUAACACAUUGUGCAGUGUGUGUGUGGAAUUAUAGUGUACAGUAUGUAUGUGGUGUGUGUGUGUGUGUGGAGCUUUUUGUGUGUGGGGAUGGACAAACUGAGUUUCAGUAUUCAUAGCAAUAAUUUCUGGAUUCUUGUCCCCAAUGUCAUUGUUCCAUAUGUCAGAUAUAUCGUGCUAGAGAUGCUAGGAAUGAAGAAAUAAGCAUAUUGCCUUUAAAAAUGUUUCUACCCCUAAUGUAUUUACAUGGUGACAUUAUUUUGUAUGUCAUGUAAUACUGUCAAAUUGUUAGUCUAUACUUAUGAAAAUGCACAAGCUUAAUUCUACUACAGUAUCUACAGAUGUUUUAUUAGAAAAUAGUGCCUGCAUCUAAUGCCCAAUCCAGUGUGCCCAAUUAUUCACUUAAAUCAAAUUUCAGAACCCUAUCUCUCAAACUAGGAUAUCAUUUCAUGACAUGUAUAUGAAGAUAUUUAGCAAUUUCAAAAGCAAAAGUGACCUGAUGAGACCAAAAGCUGCUGAAACUGUUUUGUCAUUUUUUUCAUUUUCUAUAUAGACUGCCAAAGUGAAUAAUUACCAUUUGAACAAGAUUUGAACAAGACACGAUUUCAAUGAACAGAAAUUAAAUGCAUCAAUUCAGCUCCAAGUAGUCUAUCCAUCUUUAUAUAACUCAUUGUUAUCAUUUUAAUUCACAUCCCAGUCAAUAUCAGAGGUUUCACAAAUAGCUCCAAACCAACUAAACUGCAUUUCUGAAUGAGUCAAACUGAAUAGGUGUGAAAGUGCCCUUGAAACACAUUAUGCCUAACAAUCUAAAAGUCUGUUGAUGGCAAAAACGCUAAGCCCUUGAUCUCACUAAAUUCAGUUUAUGUGUGAAAGUCAAAAAAGUUUUGUUAAUUGUGAAAAUGUGAAUAAAUGCACUCUAUUGGAAACAGGUACGGUAUGAAAACAUCCAUAGAAAGAGAUAGAAUUGGAUUUUACAGGGCUUAUAAAUAUUUUUAUUGAUUAAAAAUGUUUUGAAGCAACUUUCUGAUAGUUUAGAAUUCAGUAUAGAAUGGCAUGGCCUGUUGGUUUUGACAGAUUAUUUAGCAGAAUACUUAAAUGGUUUUUUAUUUUAUUAUUUCUCCUGUGGUGUGUGACACGUACACACACACACACACACACACUCACAUACAACACUAGGCCAUCAUACCUACAUUUGUGUUUCACACAGUUUCAACUUCUAAAAAGGAGAGAGCUAAACAUUGUGAAAAAAUGUGCCUAUUGUACAUGUGCAAGUAAUCAAAUCAAUAUCCAAUCAGUCAUAUUUCAUGCCGUUAUUCCAUUUUCAGAUUGUUUGAUGAAGUAAAAUGACUAUAGGUGUCUGCAUUAAAUAGGUUACAUUUGAAUUUUGGUUAAAUAAAUUAAAUCCAAAGGAAUUGAGAAAAUAGUUACUAUUAAUAUUAUAACAGCCACACUGCCUUCUUAUUUUGUAGGAUUAAUCUUUGAAAUAUUGCAUAUGCAGUGAUAUUUGUGCAUAAUACCAUUGAUAGACCCUGACCUGUGAAUUAUCUGUUGCUUUUUCAUAAUUUCACACCCAAAAAGGUUUAUCCAAGUCUUGGCUUCAUAAUUCUCUUGUAUUCAUUCCAUUUGUUAUGUGAUAAUCAUUAAAACUGAACUGCAGUCAAUUACAUUUACAGGUAAAUAAUUUACUUGGUGCUAUAUCUUAUGGUUAACUAGAGAUCCCCCUCUUUAAAAGUGUAUUUUUUGUAAUUAAAUAUAUUUAAAGGCGCAGUUCAUCCAAAAAUGAAUUGAAACUAUAUUUCCACUUACCGAGAGUGCUUUUUAUCCAUCCAAAUAGUUUUGAAGAGAUUUGACAGGUUUAAGGUAUCCGCUGCAGCUCAACCUGAUACAAUGGAUGUCAACAGGGCCAACAGGGCAGCAGGAACAUCUCUUUCCAAUUAUAAUGACAGUUACUCACAAACAUUCACAGACCUUGUUGUGCACGGUUUCAUCAAAAGCUACUUUCUACUGAAGUAGGUCAACUGCGUAUAUCCAUGCUCAAAUGAUGCAUGCCAGUAUUCGGCAGCACAGUCUCAACAUUGUUUUAAACUGUUUAAAAUGUUGCUGUAGGGUUUUUUGAAUGAACAUUUUUGGUGCCGUGAGCACCACAAACAUCAGGCCCAUUGAGGUCUAUUGUGUCAGGGUGACCUGCAGCGAAUAUCUAGAUACCUCAUCAAAUCUCAGCGAAACUAUCUUGAUGGAUAGAUAGCACUCAGGGUAAGUGGAAUUAUAGCUUAUAUUUUAGUUUUGGAUGAACUGCCCCUUUAAUUAAAUUGAAUUACUUAUUUUUAUUCAUAUCAAUUCUGGAAAAAAAGCUACAGUGUGAAACAGUUAAGCGAAAGCCAUGGGAAAUAAAGCCUAGCAAUGAAGUAUUUAUUAAGUAUCUAUUGUUAUUUGGUUUGAGGACAACAAGUAAAGAAAAAUAGAACACUUUAAUCUGUUAUUUGAUGAGCAUUUGCAGAUGCUGCUGAAUCUUUGCAGAUUAUAUUAAUGCAGGUUACAUCUUCAAGAAAUGGUACAUUCCUUUUCAGAGAAGGAACAGCACAAUUAUCAUUGAGUUCUAAUAAUAUGUACAUGCACGGAAAUGCUGCCCAAGUUUGUAAUUUAAAAGAAUGGAAUUUGUUAUUUGGCAAAUUGUUGGAAAAUGUUCAGAAUUAUGGUAUGGUUUGAGGCAAUGUGUUUACAUUUUGUUUUAACAUUACAGUAAAUCACAUUGCACAUCUAAGCACACCAAGCUAAUAGCCAGCAAAUUUGUUCAAUUAAUAUUUUCUCUUGGUAGCAGUGAUGCUAGGACCACCCACAUGACAGUACAGUUCAUUUCAAUUCUUUAAUUAUGCAUAUUUUGUAUUUUGGGAAUCCAAAGAUUUUGGUUGGUGUGCUUAGCCUUUCUAAGAUUGGUGACACAACUUGGGAUCACUGACAACACAAUUAUUGCACAGUGAAACUGUAUACAUUAACCAGCUCUCUUUACAUGGUUUAUUCAAAUUUAGCUUUGGUUUUUUGAAAUGCCACACUGCUGCAGUGUGCACAGCAUUCACUUUGUGGUUCCUAUUAUAAAAUAGACGAGGCAGACAUCUUAUCUUAAAUCCACCAGGCUCAGUAUUUAAAUUUAUUUAGUUUUAAGUGUUUCAUAUAUCUAAUCCCAUGUCAAGUUCAUCUUCUCUUAUGGUUUAGCUCAUGGUCAGAGAUAUUGGGGGUAAAAACCCACCUGGUGCAUGAUCACACUCCCCCGGUUCAUAAGUGCAAAUCUCCCAACCCCCAUCCCAUUCACGCUAGCUAGCAGGCCACAAUACUAUUGUGCCAUACACUACUUUUUUAGUUCUUUUUAACAAGCUUGACCGUUUCAGAUUUUUAUCUGUAUCUGCUGCUAUGUUGGCUGACAAAAUAGUAAGAUUUGUAAGAUUAGCACUAAAAGAGGUUCAACCCUGGUUUGCCCCAGUCAACAUUUUAAGCUUCUAUUCUUUAAGCUGCAGAAAAAUUAAGACUCAUACAUAGCUACAGUUCCCUCCAAAAGUAUUGGAACAGCAAGGCCGAUUCCUUUGUUUUUUUAAUAUUUUCAAAUACACAUUUGGGGUUGAGACUACUUAGAUCAUAGCACCGUUGGUAUCAGACCACAACAUUUUUAGGUGAACAAAAGUAUUGGAACAGAGAGUAUAUAUUAAGUAAAUAACACUUCAUAUUUGGUAACAUAUCCCUUGCUUGCAAUAACUGCAUCAAGCCUGCAACCCAUUGACUGUUUGAUGGUUUUCCAGGCUAUUAUUGCAGCUGUAGUUUGUAGUUAUUCGAUCCUCUUCAGGAGGUGAAAUGCAUGCUCAAUUGGGUUAAGGUCUGGUGAUUUCUGGUGAUUGACUUGACCAGUCUAAAACCUACCACUUUUUCUCCCCAAUGUCCUUUCUUGUGUUGGUAGUGUGUUUUUGGUCAUUGUCUUGCUGCAUGAUGAAGUUCCUCCCAAUUAGUUUUGGUGGUUUUCUUUUUCAGGACAUUCAAAGUUGUCUAUGCCCAAUGCUUGUGCAAUGGCUCUGGUCAUUUUCCCCUCUUUACUAAGCUUCAAAAUGGCUUGCUUUUCUCCCAAAGACAGAUCUCUAGUCUUCAUGUUAGUUUAUCUUUUCUAACAGAAAUGCAGUGUUCAUAGGCAAAACCCAAGGCUAAAACCAAGAGUAGACAUUCAGAACUAUUUAUUGUUUAACCAAUCAAUCUAACAGUACACAUCUGGGCAACAGGAAACACCUGUCAAUCACAUGUUCCAUUACUUCUCACCUAAAGAUUGGGUGGACUGAUACUAAAGGUGAUAUGUUCUUAGUUGUUUUGUCUUUUGACCUCAAACUCAAUUGUCUUCAGUAUAUAGCAAAAACAAAGUAAUUAACCUUGCUGUUCCAAUACUUUUGGGGGGGACUGUAUACAAGGCUAGCUAUCAUGAACUGUGGAAUGAAUUUAGCUUCAUAAUUUACAGACAUAGUUAAAGAUAAUUUAUGUAUGUCAUUUCUAAGCAUAUUAGCUGGAGGUCAUGUCUCCACUCUGGUUUUGCAAGUUAACUCCUGAUUGGAAGCUUAGUAAAUGAAGACAUCACAAUUUGGUUUUAUGAUUUACGGUUGUCAUUUUCUGUGGAACCAGUUGUAAGACCUUUAUUCAUACCAAUCUCCACUUUCACAUUUUUAGUACAUAUAAUAUUACAUGACACCAGCACAGGUAAUGGGAAGCAUUCCUUUAAUGAUCUUAUUCAUUUGUAUAUUUUAAAGAUGUUUUCUAAAAUAUAUAAAUAUACUGCUCCACAUUGGAUAUAAAACAAUACACCAGAGUUGUAGAAUAUAUAAUGCCUCACUGGUGCUAUUUGAACAUUAUUAAAUUCCUUGAUUGUAAGAUGAGUGGCUUUGGCAAUAAAAGGCUUUUUCAAAAUUUAGCUGAGGAAAAAAAAUAGUUCUCUCUGCCUCUCCUUAAGAAAGGCCAUAGUACAACAAAAAAACUCUCAAAAGAUGCAAGCAUUCUUGUAAUAUGGUAUAUUCUUGUAAUAUAUGUAAUUUCUUGUUUCAUAAAGAGAAAAAUAAAUAAAAUAUAUAUAUAUAUAUUAUAGCUACACUGUAUACAUGUCUGCAUUCUGGAGCUUUGAAAAUCAUUGUUUCAGAAAGAAAGCUAAAAAGCUAAAAUUCACUCAUACCAGUGAAUCUGGAAGUCUAUUGCCUGUAGAUAUUUAUCCCCAGUGCAGUGAUGUAUCUCUUACUUGUAGUUAGAUUUUAAGUUUCUACUACCAGACAAAACAAUGGAGGAGAUCAUUUAGGGUUGGAAUAUUUAACUAUUAUGUGAGCGUUUAUUAAUCAUAAACUCAUAAGCUGAAAGAUGUGUGACAGAAAUCAUGUGUUUUAAAUUAUGAGACAGAAAGGCUGUGUUUUAUAUUUGGUUAUUUAAAUUGUAAAAAUUCAUUGGAGAGGUACCUGAAAUUGUGUCAUGAAUGUUUGCAUUUUAGAUGGACAAGAACACUUCUACAUCCUGUGAAAGUUUCAUGAGCACAGGGCUGGGCUUAUAAUAUUUGUUGUAGACCAGAAUCUAUUGUUUUAUUUUACACAGAAAUACAAAUUAAUUGAGCAACAGUAAUACAAGACCAUAGGCAUUUUAUAAUAUGUUUGUAAAUGUAGCAUCAAUAUUUCCUAUUAUUUUUAAAGGUCACAUUUAGAUUUUUCAACUCGGUCAUCUAUUCAGCAUUUAUACUCCUGAUUUACACAUUAUAUAACCUGCACAUUUUAUUAAAAUAUGCUUUGCUGAUGCAUACUGUAAUAGCGCACCAAAAGACCAUGAUAGAGUAAAGGUACUUCAAUAAUAAACACUGUAUUUCAGUGUACAUUUACAUUUUCCUGAAUGUUGCUUCAAAACUGAUAUUACAAAUGUUAUAAAUGUUCCCUGGGGAGACAAAUUGAACUUAAUUUGGUUUCAUUAAGUCAUGUAGGUGUUGGUGAUGUGACAGUGUGUGUAACUAUUGUUGGCGUGAAUAAACAUGUAACAUAAACCUGAGAACUCGCUGAAUUGGACCAAUCCAAGGAGUAGAAUUCAAACUUGGAUUAUGCCAAAUUGUUAUGAAACUGCAUCCACAAUACAAUAUUUACCAAUCAGUCUAUACAAAAUAUGGUGCCUGACUGCCUGUUAUUAACAUGGUUAUGUUUUCUCUGAAAUCUUCCAUUGCUUGAGUGUUGCAGACUAAAGAAAGUUCACCAUUAGAAUAUGUACAUACUUUUUGGUGUAGUUGUUGUGUCAACUUGCUACUAUAAGGACCAAAUUCCCUGUUUCUAUAUAUGGUAGUACAUGUUUACUGUAGAAUUUGUUUUCCUUUUCCUAUACGUUAAAUUAAAAAUAAUGAUUAGGGAUUUUCCAUAUAUUGUAGACAGAAUGUAACCACUUCAUAAUUAGAUGUAUAAUAAAAUUAUCGUUGGCGUUAUGAUAAAGUAUAUUUUCAUUUAGAUUGUUGUUGCAUUUUUCUUUUGCACUAAAUUUUUCCUCAUGCCAUUUGUCGGUAAACAUUUGACUGCCGAAAUUCCCUCUCAAACUGCUAUUGCUUCCAAUGAAUGAGACUCAUGAGACUCAUGAGAUAUGUGAGCACCAGGUUGGCAGCCAGAUAUUUCUUUUUGUAUCGCUUAAUAAUUGACAAAUCAAUUCCCUUUUUACUAGCCACAUAUCUUUUUCCCCUUAACACAAUGCAAUAGUCAAAGAUUCUGUUUUCUGAAUUUUAAGUAAUUGAUAUUUUGCACCUUAAAUAUUUUUAUGAAAAGAUUCCCUUUUAGUUAUAUAUUUGAAAAUGUACCGUUUUAAAGAUGUGUUCCUUUUUAUCUGAUAAUUGGAAUACUUUUUUAUAAUUUAAUCUUGGGUUUAAAUAUAUUGAAUAACAAAAUAUAUGACAGUUUGCAUUUGAACUGUUGAGAUUUUUGCCCUUAAGGAUAUGCUGCAGUAAUGUUUAAUCAGCUGAUAUUCUUCACAUGUGCUCUAAGUUGGUUUGUCUUUUUAUUGUUGUUAUGAAACAAAACAUAUUUGUAAUGUAAUGACUGCUGUUGUAAGAUGCGUAACAAGGAGAUUUUUUAAUAUACAAGGGCGUUUUAUACUCUGACUUGUCAAAGACACUGGACUGUGAGUGUGUUUCCAAUAUUGCAGGAUAUGAACAAGCAGCACGGAAUUCAGCCUUUUUACACCCAUUACCUGAGGGUUGACAGGUUCACCCUCAUUCAAAGGGAUGGUGUUUAGAAAAAGCUCACUUAUAGACUCACUUCUCGUUUUUAAAGACAAUUAAUUGAGGAAAACAUUAGAUCUGAGCAGAAAUUUUCACGUGAGUCAAUUUUCAACUGAGAUUUGAUGAAUAUUUUUGGCUGUUAUGUGUAUACUGGCAAAUAGUGGGCUAUCUGGUUGUAGGUCAUUUGAAACCAAAGUGUGCAUUUUGAGGGGUAAAUCCAACAUAAAAAAACAAUACAAAGCUAUUUCCAAAUUGUCCGGUUGAAUAGACAGUUUUCCGAUUACAAAUUAUGAUUAUUAAAUACGCAAAAUUAUUAUUAAAGUACCCAAAGGGAAACCACUCCAAUCCAAUGGAACAAUUAGUAACCACUUAGUUUUUUAAUUUAGCAUUAUUUUUCAGCAGAACAUGGUUGACCCUGAAGUGACCUUUUAUAGUUAAUUGCAGAGCUCACUCCCACUUCUCCAACCUGAAAAGAGAUUUGCACUAAGCCAGUUUGCUUUUUCUUGGAUAAAUAGCAAUAUACCUAAUUAAACAAAUAUGACCAAGAAAAACAAUGAAGAAAGCUGUCUGUGCACUAAGGUAAUGCUGUGUAAAAGGUGAUAUUUGAAAAUGAUUUUUGCAUAGGUAUUGAAUAGCAAAGGUACAGAUUUCAAGCAUAUUACCUCUGGGAUGCAUAUGAAAAUGUUUGAUAAUAGGCACAUUCCAUAAAUCUAUUGUGAUUUAAAGUAAACCAUCAAUAGUGUCUGAGUCUUGGGCACAUGCAUCUUUGAAUGUUUCCUCUGGGGGAUGUUUUGACAGAUAGAACUGCACCCAAACACCCUUUGUGCACUCAGUCAACAUAUGGAUGGAGAGUAAAAACCAAAAAAAAAAAAAAGAAGAUAAUUACAUUGGCAUUGUGGGCAAGGUCCUCUUCACCUUUCUGGUUUGGACAUCAGUCCAGCCAUCCAAAGAAUUCCACUCUACACAAAUACAGUAUAUUGGAUAUAAAGUUAUCUGUAUAGACAUAGCCCGAGGGAGUGAGAGGAAAUCAUAUAGAUAUUGCUAUCUUCACUAUAAUUAAUCAUAAAAAUUGAGUAGCAAUAGUAUCUAUCACUUUAUCUCAGCUUUGUGGUGUUGUUGAAAGACUGUGUUGCAGUUUGUUUAAAUCUGUCGUGUUAGAGGAAGCAUAAGUAUGUGCCUUGUAAUUUUCUCGGUGAGCUUGUUAUUGUUGAAAAGCUGAAGCCAGCCAAUUGUGUUUGCACUAAAACCAAAUGCUUUUGUGGUGUAGAGUAUUUAAGCAAGCACGUUACGUCACUUUAACAGUAUGCAUGAGUGUGAAAUUGGUAAGUCCCAGGGCUAGAGCACUCAUCUGUUUAUCAGUGCAUCUUAGAAAAUCUCCUGAAAAUAUCUCUGCUUUGUUCUGUGUUGCUUUACGGUUUGAUACCAUUCCCUUUGUCUUUGUACUCAUAUGCAGACAUGUUCCACAAAAAAAACAUAAAAAUGAAAAGGUAAUAUUUUAAGCCAACCAUUGGUUAUUCAUAACCUGAUUGAACAGUUCUAAUGCACAGAAAACAACAAAAUAUGAAAAAUUUGUAUUUAUUUCUUAUUAAGAAUCAUUUUCUAUUGAUGAUUUAUGAGGUCGCCUCGAGACUAUUGGCCAGUCUGUUUUGGUUAUUUUUGUUAAGUUUUAGAUAUUUUCUUUGAGGAAAUAAGAGGAAAAUGACAUAGACACACAUGCUUUGUGUAUAAAAUGCACCUUAUUCAUGCUGAUCUGAAAGAGAUUGGCUGUGUGAUAUCUAAUUUAGCACCUUACCACACAGCAUGCUUUCACUUUACUGUGUAACAUUAUGCCUGGUUUCCUAUACUGCCGUGCAUAUUAUGUAUAAAAAAAUCUUUAUUUUUUUUAAGUAAUUAAAGGGAUGUGCCAAAGUUUUUGAGGCGAUCUCCAAAGUUUUUUUUUUUUUUUUAGUAUUUGUAUUCCCUCCAAUCUUAGUUAUAACAAUGGUAUGAUGUUUCCCGUAAUAACCUGAUAGAGACUAUUUUAGUUGACAGUAUUCUUACUUGCCAUUUACAGUUUGCCCUGUAUUUCACGUAUAUUUACCAGUGAUGUGUAUUUGUUAUUAUAAAGACAGUAGCUGUAAUGCUUCAUUAUGUUACAUAUUAUUGUGACUUUUUCAAAAAAAAAAAUACUGUGAAGACUUAUCUUGCAUAUACUUUAUACAGAAGUAUUAAGCCUUAAUACAAAAGACUAAAAAAAAACCCUGUGUGGAAGAAUAAACUGAUUGUUGCUAAGGAGGAUUUUUUGUAAAUGUUACCAGCACUUUUUUUUUGUAAUUUUCACUUUCUGAGGUAUUGUACAAGUUCACGCUGUUUGUGAAGUUUGAAUAUGAAGGAAUAAAAACUCUAGUACUUUCCUGUA